CUUUCCCUCAGAGCGCAUGCUGCGCAGUCCGGAAAGACCUACACGCAGUUCAAAGUUGGGGUGGGUCUGAGCGAGCGGCCCCGCGCCGUGGCUCCUCCAGGUUGCGGUACCGCUGAUCUCCCCUCUCCCGCGUCGAGGCCCCUCCCUCCCGGGGCCCCCGCACCCGCUUGCCCGGACGGCACCACACUAAGAGGGUAGGGUCCGAAGCGGGACCGGACUCCCCCGUCCCCAUGGCAUUCGCCAUGCUGCGCCCAGUGGCCACCCACGUGCUGUACCCCGACCUGAGCCUGCUAAGCGAGGACGAGGAAAACCGAAGCGAGAGCGAUGCCUCGGACCAAUCGUAUGGCGGCUACGAAGGGCUGGAGCCCACUCGGCGGCGGGCCGGGAGUGGGGUCGGGGGUGGUGGUGGCCGCAGAACCGGGGCCGGGGUCGGCGUUGGAGGUGGCGGGGGGCCAGUGGUGGUGGUGAAGCAGAGACAGGCGGCUAACGCGCGGGAACGGGACCGGACCCAGAGUGUCAACACGGCCUUUACGGCGCUGCGCACACUCAUCCCCACGGAGCCAGUGGAUCGCAAGCUGUCCAAGAUCGAGACUUUGCGCCUGGCUUCCAGCUAUAUCUCCCACCUGGCCAAUGUGUUGCUGCUAGGCGAGGGCUGCGACGAUGGGCAGCCGUGCUUCCGCGCCGUCUGCGGACCCAAGGGCGAGCGCAGCGCAUCUGGGAGCGGUGGAGGAGACCCUAGACAGCAGCCUCGCACCAUCUGUACCUUCUGCCUCAGUAACCAGCGCAAGGCGGGCAGUCGACGGGAUCUCAGCGGCAGCUGUCUGAAGGCAAGAGGGGCAGCCCCACUUCGGGUGCCAAGGAGAUGAUCUUGGAGUCUCUCCUUGAAGUGUUCCAUUCCACAUGGUGGUCCCAGAAUCCUGGAGAGAGUCGAAGGACAAGGCGGGGGAGGAAAGGGGCCGUGCUGGCCUGUGCUGGUCAGACCAGGAGACUGAAGGUCCCAGAGCUACUCCAUCUGUGCAGGCUAAGAGACUGGGUGGGGAUGUUAGUGCUUGGGCUGUGGGGUAGGCUGGAUCUCCUCCUCUGAGGGUCUCAAAGCUCUGGUCCAACUCCCAGAGUCCUAACUAUACCAGUCUUCACUGGUCAGAGACAAUGUAGAAAUCAAAGAACUAAGUCUAUUGAGGUGUGUGUGUGUGUGUGUGUGUGUCUGUCUGUCUGUCUGUCUGUCUAUCUGUGUCUGUCUGUCUGUGUGCGUAUGUGUGUAUGCAUGCUGGGAAAUGUUUAUGGAAUAUCAAGGCGAGUGUGUAUGUGUGUUCGUGUUUGAAAUAAAAGUUAUUUUUGA